CGACUUGAGUGACGAUUGUAGAUAAAUACGAUUGUGAGUGUAAACAUUACAUCAAGCAAUGUUAAAACGAAGUCAUUUUCGUAAUAUUAUUUAAAGUUUUUAUCAACGGGGGUCAAAACAACGAAAUUAUUCAAUCACCUUGAUAAAAGAAUUUGUUAUCGUCAGUGCAGCCGAACACACAACGCGUCCGGUCGUGUUUAUGAUUAAUAUAUAAAGUUAAAAUGCUCACGUUACUUAAAGGCGUACGGCGAUUAAAUGUCCAAAGCCGGCAUUACAGUUACGCCAACGUGAUAGGAAGUGAGCCGAAUAGAAAUGAUCCUUAUUACGCUGAGAACAAGGAGAAAAUGGACGAGCUCGUGAAGGAACUCCGUCAGAAAACAAAUGACGCUAUCAAAGGCGGUCCCGAGGAAGCAGUCAAAAGACAUAUUGCUAGAGGAAAACUGCUUGUAAGAGACAGGAUUAACCGGUUAGUGGACGAUGGAAGUGACGUCUUAGAAUUAAGUACUCUGGCCGCUACGGACAUGUACAAAGGUCAGGUCCCGGGCGCCGGCAUAGUUACAGCUAUCGGCCAAGUUCAAGGUCGGGAUUGUAUGAUUGUUGCCAAUGAUGCUACUAUUAAAGGAGGCACGUAUUUUCCUAUGACCAUUAAAAAGCAUCUAAGGGCACAAGAAAUCGCUAAGGAAUGUCGUCUACCUUGCAUUUAUCUCGUUGAUUCUGGUGGCGCCCAUUUGCCUGAUCAAGCGGACGUAUUCCCUGACAGAGAACAUUUCGGUAGAAUAUUUUUUAAUCAGGCUAAUAUGUCUGCUGAAGGUAUCCCUCAAAUUUCUGUGGUGAUGGGAUCUUGCACCGCCGGUGGCGCUUAUAUUCCUAGCAUGUCUGACGAAAGUAUCAUUGUUAAAAAGCAGGGUACAAUUUUUCUAGCUGGUCCACCGCUUGUUAAAGCAGCCACUGGAGAAACAGUUUCAGCGGAAGAUUUAGGUGGGGCAGACCUACAUUGCCGUAAGUCAGGUGUCACAGAUCAUUACGCAUUAGAUGACGAGCACGCCUUGCAAUUGGCUAAAAAUGUGGUUGCUAAUCUAAACUGGCAUAAUGACCAAAGAAUUCGAGUUUAUGCAUCGGAUAUAGACGAACCAUUACAUGAUAUCGAUGACUUACACGGAAUAGUUGGCGCGAAUUUGCAAAGACCUUUUGACAUCCGAGAAGUUAUUGCUAGAAUAGUUGACGGAAGCAGGUUCCAUGAAUUCAAACAACUUUAUGGUGAGACUUUAGUAUGUGGGUUUGCAUCUGUUUAUGGUAAUCCUGUCGGAGUUUUAGGCAAUAACGGCGUUUUACAUUCAGAAGCUGCCUUAAAAGGAGCUCAUUUUAUUCAACUAUGUGCUGCGCGAAAAAUACCCUUACUGUUUUUACAAAACAUCACUGGUUUCAUGGUAGGUCCAGAAGCCGAGGCUGGAGGUAUAGCUAAAAAUGGUGCCAAAUUGGUCACAGCUGUGAGUUGCUUUAAGGGGCCCAAAGUUACAGUACUAGUUGGUGGCAGUUUCGGUGCUGGUAACUAUGGCAUGUGUGGCAGAGCAUAUUCACCAAGUUUCCUUUAUAUGUGGCCGAAUGCCAGAAUAUCUGUGAUGGGUGGUCCACAAGCUGCUACAGUGCUUUCAUUAGUUGCAAAAGAAAAGGCGAACAGGGAAAAGAAAGAGUGGACAGAAGAAGAUGAAAAGAAAGUGAAAGAUCCAUUGGAAGCGAAGUUUGAUCUUGAAGGCCGACCAUAUUACAGUACAGCUCGUUUAUGGGAUGAUGGGAUCUUGGCCCCGAAGGAUACCAGGAAAGUAGUGGGUCUGAGUAUAUCAGCGGCACUAAACGCACCAUUUAGGGACAGUAAGUUUGGCAUAUUCAGAAUGUGAGAUAACACUUAACAUUGUAGUGAUAACGAAUGAUAACAGACCGUACAUUACUCAUUUCAAUGCUUUAUGAGUAUAGAAAACAUGAUUUAAUUGUUAUUGUGUUAUCAGUAAGGUGAUAAUUUUGUUGCCUUAAAAUAUUUAUUUUUAAACGAGAACUUUAUCGUCACUGAAGUGCUAGUUUUUGAGUACUUAAGAACAGUGUUAUAGUAUAAAAAAUAAGUGGAGUACUUUAUCUUCUAUUGAACCUAAUUAUAAGAUGAUGAGGGCAUUUUUUAUAAUAAAACAUACCUAUUAUUAAACAGAAAGCCUAU